AUGCUUCACCACUUGAUGGUAGGAACAUGGACCCCUCCAGGCGCCAUUUUCACUUUCCAAUUCGACGACGAGGCUUUGACCCUGAAAAUGAUCAAGAGGACCGAGAUCCCAAAGGAUGAGCCUAUCUCUUGGAUGACUUUCGACCACACAAGAAAGACAAUCUAUGGAGCUGCCAUGAAAAAGUGGAACAGUUUCAGUGUCAAGAGUCCCACUGAGAUUGAGCACACUGCCUCGUUCCCAAUGGAACACGAUCCCAAAGCUUCUCAGGCAGACACAAAGACUCGUGCCAUCUUCGUUUUGGCAGGCAAGAAGCCUCCGUACAACGUAUACGGUAACCCUUUUUACGACCACGCCGGUUCCGGAAAUGUCUUCUCCGUGAAUGAGAACGGAGCCCUGGCGAAGAACACUCAGAACUACGACUAUUGCCCUCAAACAGCUAUCCACGGUAUGGUCUUUGAUGCUUCAGAAACUUACCUCUACUCGGCCGAUAUGUGGGCCAACAAGGUUUGGUGCCACAAGAAGGACCCAGAGACUGGACAUAUGACCACUGUUGGAAGUGUUGAUGCUCCCGCGCCUGGUGACCAUCCUCGUUGGGUUGAGAUUGCUCCAAGUGGAAAACAUCUCUAUGCUUUGAUGGAAGGUGGUAACAGACUUGGAGUUUACUCGAUAGACCCAGAGACUCACAUGCCUGUCUACACAAACAAGAUCUAUCCUCUUGUCCCUCCUGGUCACCAGGAAAUCUACCCCAAGAUGUACCGCUCAGAUGUCGUGUUCAGGUCUCAAAGCGGCAAAUACCUCUUUGCAACAUCGCGAUCGAACUCUCCCGAUCUGACAGGAUACAUCGCAGCGUUCAAGCUCAAUGAGUCUGGUGAUAUCGAGCGCCAGAUCUGUCUCAAUCCUACACCCACCAGUGGUGGACAUUCCAACGCCGUUAGCCCUUGCCCCUGGAGUGAUGAGUGGCUGGCUUUGACCGAUGAUGAAAAGGGCUUCAUCGAGAUCUACAGGUGGAACGAAGAGUUCCUUGGCCGUGUUGCUCAUUGCGAUGUCAAGGAGCCUGGUUUUGGUAUGAACGCUAUCUGGUACGACUAG